CUUGCCGGGCAGCUCCGGGCGCUCGGCCUCCGGCUGCGGGAGGUGCCCGGGGACGGCAACUGCUUGUUCCGUGCCCUCGGCGAUCAGCUCGAGGGGCAUUCGCGGAACCACCUCCAGCACCGCCAGGAAACCGUGGAUUACAUGGUGAAGCGGCGGGAGGAUUUCGAGCCCUUCGUGGAGGAUGAUGUUCCCUUCGAGAAACACGUAAGCAAUUUGGCAAAACCUGGCACCUUUGCUGGCAAUGAUGCUAUUGUGGCAUUUGCGAGGAACCAUGAAGUGAAUGUGGUUAUUCAUCAGCCUAAUGCACCGCUGUGGCAGAUUCGAGGCACAGAGAGGAGCCCCGCGAGGGAGCUGCACAUCGCCUAUCGGCACGGGGAGCACUAUGACAGUGUGAGGAGGAUGAAUGAUGAUUCCGAAGCUCCGGCCUGUCUCCGCAUGGAGAUGCUUUGCAAAAAUGACUCAAAGGAGGAGGAGGAGAUUAAACCACAGAAGGAGGAAUAUGAGGAUGGAAUUGAAGAUGAAGUGGAAGAUGCUGUGCAGAAAGUGCGUGAUGCAACUGAAUGUUCGGACGUUGACUUAAUAAACCAGAUAUUGCAAGUGGAAAACUACAAUGUUGAAUCAGCAAUAUUUGCCAUCAUUCAAGUGAAUGAAGUGAAAAGAAUCAGUGCUGAAGAGCAGUGUGAUUCCCAGGACAAAGGUCUGAAAUUGUGUGGCUCAGCUUUGUGGGAAGAAAAUGGAAGUGGCUCCAGAAUUGUUGGAAAACAGAAUUUGCUUCAAGAUAAAACGGAAAGCAAAAGGGAGGCCAGAUGUGAUGAGGAGAAUCGAGCAAAUCGAACCGCAAAGGUAUCCAAAAAGCAGAAGAAGGAGCAGCAGCGGCUAGAGAAGAAGAAGCGGCAGGAAGAAAGGCACCGACAGAAGGUCUUGGCCAACAGAUCCAACUGGGAUGAAAGGAACAGGAGGGACAUGGACUCAGAUACCCAAGUGACCCUGGUGAAGGCCACAGCAGCCCUCAACAUAUGACUGAACGUUUCUGGGGUGCUCUAGCGCAGAAAGCAAAUAAAACUGAUGAAGGCAAAACUCCUCAGAAUGCAUUUCCCAGCACCUGUUACCUUAAAACGAGUUUCUGCAGCGAUCUCCA